UUAGUGAGGUUUCCUGUCGAGUGUAUCUGGCAGACAGAGAGUGACUGUGAGCAGAGAUGGCGUUUUCUCUCCAGCACGCACUCGUCCUGCUUUUCCUCUGCAGCAGCUGCACUUCAGAAAAAUAUGUGUUUUUAUCUGCACAUGUUGGUGAGAAGGCUACUGUCCACUGCACCCCUUCGAACCCUGCACAAGAUGGAGUUUACAUGUAUCAACAGCUGGACACAAAUAGAAAGACAAUGACCUACUUGUAUAAAGAUGGCAGUUUCAGCCCCAGAGAUGGUUUCAAAGGCCGCUUAGAGACAAACGCAAAACUGGAGACCUUCGCUGUGUCCAUCUUAAAUGUGACCACACAGGACACUGGAGUUUAUUGGUGUGUGUUUAAUAAAGAGGACCUCAACAGUGAAAGCAAGCAGAGGACUCUGUUGGUGGUGACAGGAAAAGAAAAGGAGUGUGAAAAAGAAGAAAAGACGGAGGAGAACACCACGCUGGCUCUGAUCAUCGUUUGUGUUGGAGCAGCUUUUCUUAUGAUGUUUGCCACCAUCAUUCUGCUGUGGUUAAUACCGAGGAUGAAGCAAUGCUGUGAGCGUGGAAACUUUUCACCCCCUCGCAAUGCUGCAGACGGAGUGUAUGAGGACAUGCGGGGACGCUGUCCUCCUGCUGCACACAUACUCAUCAACCCCGCGUACCAGACCAGCACCAGACACGCACACAAACCACUUGCUGAAACCCCGUAUGCGCGCGUUGAUCCCACUUUCCCUCCCCAGUGA